ACAAUUGCUUAUUUCACGUAUAAAUAUACUGAAGGAUAUUUGGUAGUUUAUGGCUUACAAGGUGUCGAUCUUCAUGAUAAAUUUUUGUUAACAGAUCCAGCUAUACACUGUGUUGAUUUAUUAAAAUCUGGCAAAACAAACUUAGAAAAGA